GAGAUAUCUACAUAUGGGGAUGAUUGUAUAAGAAAAACGUGCUGUUACUUGAUAAGAGUAACCUAAAUGCUGAAUGAUAAGAAUUCAAGGUGUGGCGACUGCGCUAUAACAAUUUGUUCCGAGAACGUUUACGCUAAAUUGGCUGUAGAAAAUAUUAUAUCACAACAAAUUUGUGCUUUCACAUAGUAUCCAUUCUUCGAAAAUCGCGAGUCGCCACGUGCUUACGCACAGCUGAUCGAAAGAAGUUCGUCGUAUAUUGCUGUCUUGCGCAUAGAAGCAUACACUGUAGUUUUAUCUGUGCGCAGUAGCAACCAAAAACGCUUGUCACUUUGAAUCACGUAUGACCUUUAAAUGUUUGAAUGACUUUCACUUCUUUUUCGUAUUGUGGGUGCGUUCGCUUUGGACGCUUAUGCGCUUUAAGCGUCAGUCCGUCUUUAUUGUUCUUUAAAACAGACAGACUGACACUGGAAGAGCGUAAGCGCCCAAGACGAACGGCACCUUAUGUCGUCAAGCGAGAAUCUCACACGCAGUUGGAAUUUUGUUUUUGUCGUAUUAAAAUGUCUUUGCCAAAAUUAACACGGACGUUACGUCAACGCAAAACAUUGACGAAGACGGAAUCAAGAUCGAAGCCGUUCGGAUUUUGUUGUUCCGUGGGACGCUUCGAUCCUCUCGCGCGUUACGAUCAACGUUCGUCGCCGUACAAAUCGUCGCUCCCGGCGAUAACUUCCGUGCACGAAUGUCCGGUGUCGAAGAUGCGAGUGCAAUUUCACGCGUUAUCCCGAUCUGGCCGAAACAAGGGAAGACCGAUAAGGAUCAAACCGCCGGAGACAGGAGAUCAACAGCGAUCCAACAAGAUCGCCAGAUUAAUGUAUAUGAAUAAGAUCGAUAACGGAAGUCGUAACACAAUGAGAUGGUAUUUAGAAGACGAGAUCGCUCUGGCGAAUGAUCUCGUCUGGCGAGAAAAACAACAAUUGCGCAAAGAGAAAGGCGAUAAGGCGACGAUCACCGCAAAAAAGAAGUACAGAAGCAGAUUAAAGAAUUCGAUGAUCAUGAAGUGUCCGCGAUGGUACCAAGAACUUUCUUUGAACCAAAUGAAGAAUUUAGCGAACCUUGAAGAUGUAAUGCGCGCCGAUUACGAAAUGAUGACGACAAGCGGCACGCAAACGACACUUGCGGCUAUCGGUGUCACUUCGACAUUAUUCAGAUUGAAACCGGAUGUUAUAAAACAAUUGUACGAGUCGUGCGAUUGCAAUACCGUUGAUUUCUUGCGAGAGGUUUACAAGAUCUUAACGGGAAAUGAUCUCUUCGAGGAAGAAUAUAAAAAAUUUUAUGAUUGCAACGAGAGGAUAAUACUAUCGGGUAUCGCAUUGUUGACAUUGCCUGAAACGAUAAAGGAAUUGCAUAAAAGACUGCCGGCAAUAACUGCGCCGAAAUUGCCACCAAAACCAAAACCACCAACUUGUCCGACCAGACGGAAAAGCAGUUGUCCUUAUAAGGAAGAAUUAUUCAAGUGUCCCAAUUGGAUCGUUUAUCGAGACGCUUUGCAAAGAUGGGAGAAACAACGCCAACUACUUGCAAAAAUGAUUUCACCAUUCAAGGAAUACGAAAAGUACUGUGCUAAUAAUAAAAUAUCGCUGAUUAAACAACGAAGGGAAGAACUUCAUGAAAAAUUUCACAAGAUGUCAUCCAAAGUUGAUGAGAAAAUUAUAAAAAGUGAUGCGGAAGUACAACACGAAGAUGACAGUGUUUUACGAAAAGACAUUAUAGAAGCGAAAAACCCAACAACUUUCGAUGUUCUUUCUUCAUCAGAAGACGAUAAACAAUACAGUUACAUAAAUGAUGCAAUCGGUGGAAAGUCAGAAGUCAUGGAAUACAAAGUUGAUGACGCUCCGAAAUCAUCCAAAGAGAAAGAGAAGUCCUGGUUAGGCGAGAAAGAUACUCACUACGUGACAGCCGGUGUGUCCGAAGGUUUACCGAAUCAAAUAACUUACGAAAUCGCCGGAGUAGCCAAAGUAACGCCUAGUAACAGUGACGAGAGUUUUUUUGCUGCGCUGAAGCUCGAUAAACCUCAGACAGUCUUUCUCAAAGGCAGAGAGAAUCUGUCCAGGCGUUGGCAGGAGUGGCUGUUAAAUAUUGAUGAGGAGUACAGCCAGAUGGAGGAAAAAGCUGACGAGUUGAUUGAGAGCAUGCAGGCCAUUAAGAAGCUAGCAUUUCCUGGACCCGUGUGCGAUAGUUGCUGUCCAUGUCGACAAACCAGGAAAACUCGCGAAAAAUGGCGACAAACUAAAACGCCAUACCUGCUGAUCAACAAUGUGAUGCAGAAUGGAGAGAAAAAAUAUGUCCUAGGAUCGACGGUAAUGCACUCACCCGGACCAAGUCUAACAGGAUCGCCGAUCAAUUUACUGAAAACGGGUGCAUCGCGAGAUGAAAUGAGAUUUCGUAAUCUUCCACCUUUGCCAGUUAUAAACAUUCCACCUUGUGCGUGCGCCAUUCAGCAAAUGACCAAUAAGGACGCGAGCUCUUCCGCAAGUAAGGACGAUAUUUCUUGGACAAAAGACGAAGGAUUGUGUCCUGGGAAAAAAUACAGACCAUACGAAUCAGGCGCAUAUUCCUGCAAAACAUAUCCUGGCAACAAAUCCUGCAGACGUAAUCCUUUCAUAAAUGAAGUGAUGAGAAUGAGGAAGAAAAAACUUGAAAAGAAGGAAUUGAAAAAUAUCAAGUCGUCCGCCGGAGUUUUGAGUGACAUUCCCGCGAGCCCUGCAAAAGAAUUGCUGUCGACUGAUCAAUAUAAUUUAGAAAAAAAGAUUGAAACAGCCGAAAUGGCAGUUAGUCUCACAGGACAAUUGUGCCAAUGUAAUUACAAAAAGAAGAUCUCAGUGUACAAUGUGAGUGGUAUAGUGUUGAGGAAAAGCGAUGAAAGAACAGUUGACGAAACAAGAUUGGAAGAAGUGGACAGGAUCAUCGGCGGUGUCGUUUAUUUUACGCCACCCGUCAGUCCCCAAAGAAGUGACGAGCUUAUCGAAUCGCCAUACAACAUAUGUAUUGGCAAGAGGACAGGCAAAGUAUUGAAGAAAAAACGCAAGUUAUGUGGUUGUAAAAACGGGAGAGAUACCGAUCAAAAGAAAGACAUUGAAGAAGCUGGACGGAAGUUGAUGGAUGGCAAAUCGCCGGAGGAGAGAUGGAAGAUAGCGUUGGAAGAUGCAGCACUGAAGGAGUAUUUUACGCAGCGCAAAUACGUUCCUUGCUGGACGUCUUGUAAGAAAUUAAAUAAAAGUCUCAGAAACUCUAGAAAUCCUAGAUUGAUGAGUGAUGUGAAAGACAACUCGCAUCGUCAUUGGUCACCGACGAAUCCGAGUCCUUUGUCGAGAAAAGACGCUUUAGAGAAAGAAAAGAAACAAAAGGAGAAAAUCGGAAAUGAAAUCUUCAAGCUGAGUCACGAAAAUAGAAAUAAACAGAACGCGAUCUCUUCGAUGCAGCCCACUUACCAGGAAGCACACAACGAGAAGAAACAAUUGAUGAGAGUUGAAAAAGACCAAGAAUCAGGAAAAAGUCACACUAAUGUGAAGAACAAAAUGUUCAAAUUCAAACGUUUGAACAAAACGAUCAGUAACAAGAGGAAAUAUCAGGAAGAAGAUAAAAUUAUUGACAAAACAAAACAAUAUUCUAAAGAAAAUAUUGUCGAAAUUAAAUAUCGGCAAAAUACGUCACACAAACAAAUUACCGAUAAGGCGGGAGAGGAAAUAAAUAAUAGGAUAAGCCACCAGAUAAGUUACGAUAGUGAUAAAAAAUAUACAGAUAAGGAUCUUAUGGCAAUACUGAAGGCUGAACUAAAAGCAAUGGCCGCGGAAGGCUAUGUAUUUGCAAAGUUACCGAAGUGCUAUUUGCUGCCACAAUUUCGGGACUGGAUAGUGUAUAGGAAGGGUGUUGUUUUCUCAGAAACCGAUAAAGAAACAAUGAAGCACGCAGUCCGUGAUACUUGGGAGUUGAUGGAUACAACGGGAAUAACACAUGUGCCGAUCAUUAAAGCACCGUCACUGCAUAUGACGAAGCAUCAGCUGAGGCAACUGACUUAUGACCACUUUGAGAAGAUGAAAAGGAUGAUUGAGAAAAAAAGAGCGAUCUUUCAAAGUGAGGCGCGUAAAGCGCGCGUUUUUUACGCUCGUGUCAUGUGGAACACCAUGGAAGCUGGAAAAUUUUCUUCGUUGUCAUUCAAGAGAGCCUUUUUCACAUACAUGGCCGGUAAAGAGGCCGAUGGACUCGUUUACAAACCGUGGAUGAUUUUCGAAGUUCGCGCACGAGAUCCCUAUUUCUGCUGUUAGUAGCGGAAAUAAUAAAAUUCUUGGAUCUUUUAAUGCUAGCUUUUAAUAAUUCGUUCCGAUCGAAAACUGCAAAUCAUUCAGAUUCAAGUGGUAAAUCACUCUGUAUUUCUAAACUUAAACAAUUAUUUUAAAACAUUGCU